ACUGCCACAUUUCGUUCUUCACGUUGGGACGGCCAUGAGCACGACGCAGCAAGAUGCCGCUGCGGCGAACGCCAACCCGAGCGGCACUAUCAAGACCAGUGUGUCGAUUUACUUUCCAAUACUGGGAGCGGGACUGAUACUCUUCGAGUGUCUUCGUAGACGCUUCCGUCGCGCCUACGACACUCGUCGCCAAGAGGAAGAUAUUUUCAACGUAUCCACCUUGAAUACUCGACGCGAUGGGCUUUUCCGUUGGGUUCCUGCGGAUUUCCGAGUGCCAGACGAUGACAUUUUGGAAAGAUGUGGAUUGGACACUUUGACGUUCCUUCGAUUCCUGAGACUUGGUCAGAAGCUGGCACUAUUGGCUGUAGGGUGCUCGGCCGUGCUGUUCCCGGUAUACGCAACAGUAGCGAAGCAACCGAGCAAUGGAGAAUCUAUUGACCCAAUGACGCGGAUCUCCAUGAGUAAUCUACCUGAACACAGUGACAGACUGUGGGCUCCUACAGUCGUCGCGUUCGUGAUGGCGAUAUACGCAAUGAGACUGUUGGUCAAAGAAUACAAAUUGUACGUGCAAUAUCGUCAUGAAGUGUUAGGAAGAAUGGAGGCACCGCAGUAUUCGGUGCUGGUCAAUGACUUGCCACUGCAUCUACGAACACGCCAAACACUGAAGAAAUAUAUGUCCACGAUUUUCCCAUCGUCGAUCCGAAAUGUCUAUGUGGCACUGGAAUGUGCCACAUUGGAAGCGCUGGUAAAUCGACGCGAAAAGGUCCGUGGAAAUCUUGAACACGCAUUGGCGAAGUGUGAACGAUCACGCAAGAGACCGCGACAUCGAGAAGGGAGAUCAUGGGUUCGGAUGAUGAUGUGUAAGACCGGAAGUCGAGGUUACGAGGUCGAUAGUAUUGAUCACUAUCAGGACCAAUUGGCGAUGCUAAAUGAAGAAGUAGCGAGAGAGAUUCGAAGUAUCGACGACGCUCAAGCACAACUUGCUAUUCAAGUGGAAGAACAGGAACGUGAAAUGGGGAGCUUCGACGAUGAUGACGAGAUGCAAUUGUCUGAAGGCAGCUGGAAAAGAGCGGCAAAGAAAUCAAAAGUAGACGGUGACCCGAAGAGGGCCCCAUUGAUAGAUCGUAGAGGGCGAGCAGAACAACUGCGAAACAGUUUUGGAGGUGCUGAAGAUGAUGAUACUAAUGAGAAAAAAGCGCGCCGACGCGAACGAGAAAUGAGUCAGGAGGAGCGUGAGCAGAUUCGCAAAGACCGCCCCAUUCGGGUGAUGAGGCGAGCUGCAUUUGUUUCAUUCUCAUCACUCAUGUCAGCGCAAGUUGCGCAACAGACACUACAGUCUGAAGAUCCUGAGUGCAUGACUGUCGCGCCGGCACCGCAUGUGGACGACAUUAAUUGGGACAACAUUGGACUCCGCUACCGCACUCGAGCUCUCGGAAUGCUUGUGUCGUCCUUGAUUUCGGCCACUAUUGUGCUGUUUUGGACGAUCCCGACUGCAUUUGUGGCCUCACUGGCCACUGUUGAGUCACUUCGACGCGCACUUCCGUUCUUGAACAGAGCUUUUGACGAGUAUCCGAUUCUUCAAGACAUUUUCAAGCAGAUCGCACCAUUGGCUCUUGUGGCGUUGAGUGCAUUGGCGCCAAUUGUGUUCAAAUUCCUAUCGGGUAGAGAGGGCCACCCGUCGAACACUGAAGUUCGUGCUGCAUUAUUCUCGAAAUUGGCGUAUUUCCAGUUGGUCCAGAUCUUUUUCGUGACAGUGGUUGUCGGAACCAUCUUGGAUAGUCUCAAGGAGAUUUUGGAUCAGCCGAAGAAGCUAGUGUCCAUGCUAGGUCUCAGCAUGCCUCAACAGUCGACAUUCUUCAUCUCAUACGUGAUCGUGCAAACGGGUUUGGGCCUAGUUUUGGAGUUGCUACGUGUAGUUCCGCUGAUUGUGUCCGCGCUUUAUGCCCUUUUGGCUCCGAAACACACGCGACGUGAGCGCAAUUCGCCAUGGUUGGGCCUGCGUGAUAUCGCCAAGACCGAUCCGUUUGAUCCAACGAACCCUCUUGCCGAUUGUUUUCUGGUUUUAUUGGUCACGCUGACGUUCGCACCGAUCGCGCCUUUGGUUUGUUACUUUACAUGGUUCUUUUUCUUCAUGGCCGAGAUCGUCUAUCGCCGACAGGUACUUUGCGUGUACAAGCCAAUGUGCUUUGCGCUGGGGGCCUACUGGCCACGCAUGUUUAAGUUUUGCAUUAUCGCUCUCGUCGUUGCACAGCUCACGCUCAUCGGAAUUUUGUCACUCAAGAAAGCUACCACUCCCCCGAUUAUUAUCAUUGUGCUCAUCGUUAUCGUGCUGUUGUUCAACUACCACGUCCUCACGCUCUAUCCACCGGUGGCCAAAUAUCUGCCGUUGACCGACUGCGUGCAUCUGGACACUGCGCGAGGCCUCCGUGAUCCAACAGCACCCAAGUUUUUCUUCCUGGAUAAUGUUUAUCGGCAGCCUGCGCUGAAUCAACGAGUCCCUAUUCGUGCAGACUAUCGGAUGCUGGUGAAUGACUACAACGACGAAACAGCUUUGACGUCGCCCGAGAUCCAUUCUGCUGAAGACCAGCAUUUAUUUACGAGCGUUGUCUGAAGAAUGGCGAGGCGAAGGGACGACUACGGUAGUUUUGAUUGCAGAAGAACGGAUCAAGCGAAGCAACAUUAAUUUUGAAUGCACAAGUUACUUUAUGACUAAAUGUUGGCGCACAUUUUAGCCGCUUUUCUGCGUGCAUACUCGCCCACCCAGUCUUGGUCUUCA